CAAAAAUAAGAAUAAUAGAUGCAAAAAGAAUAGUAAUAAUAACAUAAGGAUUCCACUUUUUUAGGAAAGAUUGUGUGGAUUCUGAUUGGAAUUCUUGUUGCUUUUGGAAUUAAAUUAUAUAUAAGUGAAAAUGAAAAUGUGAAUUGUUUAAUAAAUGAUGAUGGUAAAAAUACUUGAUUAUAAUAGAAAUAAUAAUGGAUAAUAAUGGAAAGUUUAUAAGAGAUGCUGGAAUUGCUUAUCUUUCAUCUUAAUUAAAUCAAAAUAUUUAAGCAACUAAAUUGAUAGCAGAUUUAUCAAUUAACUAAAUAUCUGAUCUAACUAGCUUUUUUGAGAGUUUGGGUUAAUUGACAAAAUUAAAAGAAUGUAAUAAUAUUGUAGUAUAAUAUUAGUGAAACUAUCUUUUGGAAAUAAUCCAAUAAUAAAUUAAGAAGCCUAAAUCUAGAAAUUGGUAGAGAGCUUUUAAAAACUUAAAGAAUUACAAAAUUUAAAUCUUGGCAUUGAUUCAAUCCUUAAUAAUUAAAGUAGAAUGAAAAUUAUUAAAUAAAUAUCAAAGAUUCCAUAAUUAAUAACACUUCGAAUUUCACUAAUAAAUUGUGAUUUAUCGGAAGAUGGGAUUAAAUCACUUGAACCUAUAAAAGAUAUUAAAAAUUUAAGAACUCUUGAAUUAAUCCUAGUCGGAAGUAAAUUAAAAGAGAAGGAAAUGGAUUAAUUAUAAUUAAUACUUUAAAAGCUUCCAAAAUUAGAUAAAUUAAAUUUGAAUUUAUAUGCAAAUAAAAUAUAAUAGGAAGGAAUGAAUAUACUUAGUAAUGGAUUAUUAGAAUAAAGAUAAAUCAGAGAACUAGGUAUUGAUUUGUAUUUUAAUAAUAUAACUGUAAAUGGAACUGAAAGUUUAAUGAAUGUAAUAGGAUAGAUGAAUAAUUUAACUAAAUUAAAUUUAGGUUUGGAAUUCAAUUAUAUUAAGGAUGAAGGUGGGAAAUAUAUUGGAGAUACUUUAAUUUAAUUAUAAUAAUUAAAAGAAUUAUCUAUUAAUGUAGCUACAAAGAAUUUUGGAUGGAUUGGAUUUGAAGCUAUAUUAACAGCUAUUGAAAAAUUACAACCUUUAGAUAAAUUAGAAUUAAUUAUAGGUGUAAAUAAAUGUGGAGUAAAAGGUGCAGAAUUAUUAAAGAAUGUUCUCUUUAAACAUAAUAAACUUAAGAGUUUAAAAAUUAAUUAUUUAGAAAAUUAUAUUGGCGAUGCUGGUGCUACUUUUAUUGCAGAAGGAAUCUAAUAUUAAAAGAAUUUAGAAGAUUUAUAUUUAAAUAUAAAUUUCAACUCUUUAUCAGAUAGAGGAGCAUUAGAAUUAGCAAGAGCUGUUAAAAAUGCAAAAUCACCCAAAGUUUAUUUUAUUAUAAUAAAUAGGUUGUUUAAUUAAAAGUAAGUUAAAAUUAAUUGACUGAUAAAGGAAUCAAAGAUAUGUUAUAUCUUUUAGAAUAAUCCCUCCCUUAAUUUAAUUCUUUAGAUGUAGAACUUUUAAAUACUGCACUAACCAAUGCUACAAGAGAUGAUAUUCAAAUCAAGUAUGCUAAUAUUCAAAAAUUAAAUCUAAAAUUAAACACUAUCCCACCUAGUAAUUGGGAUUGA